AUGAUUUUCCUGGCCGCCUGCUUUGCGCGCCGGUGGCUGCCACAGCCCGGAUCCUGUGGCUUCUCCCGCGCCGCCAUGGAAGUGGCCUUCCGAGGGGUGCGGAAGGUCCUCUGUGUGGCCGAGAAAAACGACGCAGCCAAGGGUAUCGCUGACCUGCUAUCUAACAGUCGUAUGAGACGGAGGGAAGGACUUUCCAAAUUCAACAAGAUCUAUGAAUUUGAUUAUCACCUAUGUGGCCAGAAUGUUACAAUGGUAAUGACUUCGGUUUCUGGACAUUUGCUGGCUUACAAUUUCCAGAUGCAGUUUCGAAAAUGGCAGAGCUGCAAUCCCCUUGUCCUCUUUGAAGCAGAAAUUGAAAAAUACUGCCCAGAGAAUUUUGUAGGCAUCAAGAAAACUCUAGAACGAGAGGCACGGCAGUGCCAGGCUCUGGUGAUCUGGACUGAUUGUGACAGAGAAGGGGAGAAUAUUGGGUUUGAGAUUAUCCACGUAUGCAAGGCUGUGAAGCCCGGUCUGCUGGUGCUGAGAGCCCGUUUCUCUGAGAUCACUCCACGAGCUAUCCGGAUGGCCUGUGAGAACCUGACAGAGCCCGACCAGAGAGUGAGCAAUGCUGUAGAUGUGAGGCAGGAGCUGGACCUGCGAAUUGGUGCUGCCUUUACAAGGUUCCAGACCCUAAGGCUUCAGAAGAUUUUCCCUGAGGUGCUGGCAGAGCAGUUGAUCAGUUAUGGCAGCUGCCAGUUCCCAACACUGGGGUUUGUGGUGGAGAGAUUCAAAGCCAUUCAGGCUUUUGUACCAGAAACCUUCCAUAGAAUUAAAGUAACUCAUGAGCACAAAGAAGGCAUUGUAGAAUUCAACUGGAAAAGGCAUCGUCUCUUUAACCACACAGCUUGUCUUGUCCUCUAUCAGCUUUGUAUGGAGAAUCCUUUGGCGACUGUGAUAGAGGUCCGCUCCAAGCCGAAGAGCAAGUGGAGGCCUCAAGCUCUGGACACUGUGGAACUUGAGAAGCUGGCUUCACGCAAGUUGAGAAUAAAUGCAAAAGAAACCAUGAGGAUUGCCGAAAGGCUCUACACUCAAGGGUACAUCAGCUAUCCUCGAACUGAAACAAACAUUUUCCCCAGAGACCUGAACCUGGUGGUACUGGUGGAACAGCAGAUCCGGGAUCCACACUGGGGGGCUUUUGCCCAGAGAAUUCUAGAGCAGGGCGGCCCCACUCCCCGCAAUGGGAAUAAGUCGGACCAAGCCCACCCUCCCAUUCACCCCACCAAAUACACCAGCAGCUUGCAGGGAGAUGAGCAACGACUAUAUGAGUUCAUUGUUCGCCAUUUCCUCGCAUGCUGCUCCCAGGAUGCUCAGGGGCAGGAGACCACCGUGGAGAUCGACAUCGCCCAGGAGCGGUUCCUGGCUCAUGGCCUCAUGGUUUUGGCCCGGAACUAUCUGGAUGUAUACCCAUAUGAUCACUGGAGCAACAAGACCAUUCCUGUCUAUGAGAGAGGCUCCCACUUCCAGCCCAGCACUGUGGAGAUGGUGGACGGGGAGACAAGCCCACCCCAGCUGCUCACCGAAGCUGACCUCAUUGCCCUCAUGGAAAAGCAUGGCAUUGGUACUGAUGCCACCCAUGCGGAGCACAUUGAGACGAUCAAAGCCCGGAUGUACGUGGGGCUUACAGCAGACAAGCGGUUUCUCCCAGGGCACCUAGGAAUGGGGCUUGUGGAAGGCUAUGAUUCCAUGGGCUAUGAGAUGUCUAAGCCGGACCUCCGGGCUGAGCUGGAGGCUGAUCUGAAGCUGAUCUGUGAAGGCAAGAAAGACAAGUUCGUGGUUCUAAGGCAGCAAGUCCAGAAAUACAAGCAGGUUUUCAUUGAAGCAGUGGCUAAAGCUAAGAAGUUGGACGAGGCUUUGUCCCAGUAUUUUGGGGAAGGAGCUGAGGUGUCCCAGCAAGGAGAGAUCUACCCUGCCAUGCCAGAGCCCAUCAGGAAGUGUCCUCAGUGCAACAAGGACAUGGUCCUCAAGACCAGGAAAAGUGGCGGGUUCUACCUCAGUUGCAUGGGUUUCCCAGAGUGCCGGUCAGCCAUGUGGUUUCCUGACUUUGUCCUAGAAGCCAGCAGGGAUGAGAGUGUGUGUCCAGUCUGUCAGCCACAACCUGUUUACAGGUUGAAGUUGAAGUUCAAGCGAGGCAGCGUUCCCCCAUCCAUGCCACUGGAGAUCAUUGGCUGCAUCGGCGGGUGUGACGAGACCCUGAGGGAGAUCUUAGACCUGAGAUUUUCUCGAGGCCCCUCCCAACCUCUCCAGCCAGCCAGCCAGCCCUCAAGCCACUUGCAAGCCAGCCAGUCCCUGAACAGAAUGGACAGCAACCAACCUUACCAUCACCAGCCUCCUAGCAGUAGGCAGACUGGACCUCCAAGGGCUCUCCCACCACCCACUGCCAUUGCUGAAAGCAACACUGUGACCUGCAACUGUGGCCAGGAGGCCUUGCUGCUCACCGUUCGGAAAGAGGGCCCCAACCAGGGCCGCCAGUUCUACAAGUGCAGCCAGGGAAGCUGCAAUUUCUUCCUAUGGGCAGACAGCAGCCCAGCAGACACAGUAGGGCCUCCUUCCUCCACAGUGAGACCCAUUGGCAGCUCUCAGGGUUCGGAGAGCCGCCUGGGUGGACUUGCCAGGCCAGGGGAUGGUGGUGGUGGGACCUCCUGCCUGUGCAGCCAGCCAGCCAUCACACGGACUGUGCAGAAAGACGGACCCAACAAGGGGCGCCAGUUCCACACGUGCUCCAAGCCCAGAGAGCAGCAGUGUGGGUUCUUCCAGUGGGCAGACGAGAAUGCAGCCCCAGGGACAUUUGGAGCCAUACCCUGGCCAGGAGGCAGAGAGAAAACCCAGGGGUCAGAGGCCAGAAGCAAAAGGCUCCGGGCCAGUUCUUCUGACACUGGGUCUACAGCAAAGAAAUCCCGGAAAUGCAGCCUUUGCCACCAGCCUGGACACACUCGUCCCUUCUGUCCUCAGAACAGAUGA